AUAUGGCGCGUCCAGAUAUGGUAAAGCGAUGGUUGAGAGGGUUUUGGUGUAGAAGGCAGACAGCUUUAGGAUGGAUAUCAUUCCUAAUAGUGCUGAUGAUCUGGGCAAAUAUGCAUAUUCUAUCAUGCGUUACAGAACACUCGGAACAAGCGCCGGAUACCGAAAGUAUCCGUCUAUCUACUCGGUCAUCCACAGAGAAGCAGACAACGAUGAGGGGGCCAGCUCCAUUUCAUGUGGAAGCCAGGAGAUUGACAGUUGAUCCGAAAAGGGCCCUUCUUUACGGAAGGAUGAGGACGAACCAAAGUGAGUUGACGAUCGGGAUUCCAACGGUCCAGCGACGCGGCGUUGACUACCUUGAGAAAACGCUUUACUCAUUGAUAAUUAAUUCAAAAGCUUCCCAGCGAAGUUCUAUAGUUGUCGUCAUCUUUAUGGUGGACAGGAACGAGACCUGGACCACAAUUAGAAGCAAACAACUGGCUGGAAAAUAUCCCAGACUCAUAAAGAACGGAUUCCUCCAGAUUGUACAUCCACACGAUCAAAGUAUAUAUCCAGAUUUCACCAAGCUUAAGAGGACAUUUAACGACACUGCAGCAAGAGUGACCUGGCGUUCGAAACAGAAUAUCGAUUAUGCUUAUCUGUUCUCGUAUUGUAAAGGUAUAUCACGGUAUUAUCUUCAACUGGAGGAUGACGUCAUUGCAGCUAGCAAUUAUUACGACGAUAUUAUAAAUUUCAUAGAAUCAAAAUCGACCACUUUUUGGUACUGUCUCGAAUUUUCCUUUUUAGGAUUUAUUGGAAAGUUGUUACGAUCGUCCGAUCUUCAAGAAUUGUCGGAAUAUAUAUUGAUGUUCUUCGAUGAACAGCCUGGUGACCUUUUGCUUAAGGCGUUGAAAACCAUCAAAACCCAAUGGAAAGAUAUUCAAAUUAAGAGAUCAUUAUUCCAGCACAAAGGAGUCGUGUCAUCGUUAACAGACAAGGAACAACACUUAUAUGACGGGCAUUUUAAAGACCGCUUUGGAUUAAAUCAAUACUCUCGAAAGCGGUUUUAUCAUGUGAAUCCCUCCGCAAUGAUUGAUUCAAAAAUCGACACUUAUUCUGAUUAUGAACCCAUGCAUGCAUAUGACCUAUCUGACAAAUAUUUUUGGGGGGUCAACCCUAAACAAGGUGAUUACUUUAGGAUAACUUUCGAAGGUCCUCAGAACAUAAGCCGUUUAUUCAUAGAUUCUGGCGAAGUGACAAAGACCUCCGACAUGUUACAACACGCAAGGUUGCUUGUAUCUACCGCCAUCGAGAUAGACAAACCUUGUCAGAAUCUCGUCAAUAUCAUUAACUUUGUUGACGGUGAUGUUGACACCAGAAAGUCCAACAUUUCACUUCCUCGAAAUAUAGACUGCAUAGUGAUUGAAAUAACAGCCAAUCAAACUGAUUGGGUCAUUAUAAGAGAAAUCGCUGUAUUUCUUCCGGGCGAACAAGAAAUCGAGGAACAAAGCAAAAAAGAAAAGGUCCCGCAACCACAAGGAGAAAGUGAAAUGUUGAAAUGGCAGACUUGGAAGAGACACGAACCGUUCAAACCACCAUUCCUUUCGCCGCGAUUCGAAAACGGUGCAUUAAUUCUGCCUGGCCAAAAAUUGAAUGGAAAUUGGCAGGACCAAAAAUUGCGUAACGACAAGCGCCUAAUAAGUCCAAAUCAAAAUCAGCAGCAAGCAAAGGACCGGCGAGAACCAAACGAACCGCCAGAUACACGAAAACGUAAUCAGCAAAGAAAUACCGUAAUUAUCGAUAAACCGAAACAAAUACAGAACAUCCUUGACAGAAAGCAGAAGCAUAGACAGUCGGAAGGUGUAAUUCUCAGUAAGAAUGAUCAGCAUCUGUUAGAACUUUGGCAGCAUCAAGUUAACAUGAAUAAGCUGAUGAUGAAAAUGAGUGGCAUAGAACAUAAUGUCCCCAUAUUCAACAAACCUCCCCCACAUAUAGAGAAUAAGCGAUACGAAAUGGAUGGUUUACCACAAAACAAUGUCCCAUUACAUAACAGACCUCCCCCACAUACAGAAAAUCAGCAAUUCGAAAUGGAUGGCAAAGCACAAAACAAUGUCCCAUUACAUAACAGACCUCCCCCACAUAUAGAAAAUAAGCAAUUCGAAAUGGAUGGCUUACCACAAGACAAUGUCCCCCAUCCAAACAAAGCUGGCACACACGUAAGAAAUCUGAAGCGACGUAUAUUCCGUCAACCUAAACAACAAAUAAAAGGGUAAUCUACAAAAACAGCCGUAAGGAGUCGGAGAGGAUCAAAACCCAGACAAACUGGAAAAAUUAGAAACCUUCAAAAGAACAUGGAUGGGUACUUUAAAUUUCUCUCGAACAACUAUAGGAAAUAAAGAUCUAAGAAAUAACACAACUUAAUGUUUGUAAUCAAUUUUAUAUACUUGAGGAAAGUGGAAUAGGAAAUGGUACAGACAUAAAAAGGUCUGUCUACUUGAAAAUGGAGUAACGAUAAUCGGUGUAUCCACAAUCGGUUGGAUCAAAAUAAAACCCAUUACAUAUACAUGUGCCUUUGAAAACCUAAAGUAUUCAUUUGAAAGUGUGGCACUUUGGUUUUACAUAAUGUGAUAUAGAAAUAUAAUUUGGAUGAUCAUAUUAAUAUCCAGUUUUUGUAAGAGUCCAUAAAUUAUACCAAACUAGAUGUAGCAGUUGAUCAAUUCAUGACUAUGUUAACUCACGCGGGCAAAAUACGAGCGCAACGUCGAAACGACAACGGCGGGAACAGGGAAGACACUAAAACGACACAUAAUAGACCGGUCCCAUCAGUUACUACGUAAGAGAAAUCUGUUUUCUGCACCAUAUCCACACUUGGCAUGAUCUGUGCAAUCAAUCACCUGUGUGUCACCAGUUCCGUGAUCUAGUUUGUAAUCAUGUUUACAGAACAAAUAAUAUAUGACAUAUUGUCUGAAUAUUUAUCUAUUUGAACAAGAUAUUUUACACACGCUAACCUAGCUCGUAAUCAUGUUUACAGAAAAACACAAUCAAAUGCUAACCGUUUGUCCUAAUACCGCAACAGCGAUCUUACACAAAAAUGAACAGUUUAUAAACAUACGAGUAGAAAAAAUCACAACGUGUCCGAUUUUUCCGAAUAUCACUACAGAAAGUGAGUUAGUUGUGAUUUACCUUACUAUCAAACAUGCGGUAUUUAAUGAUCACCGCAUUGCUUAAAAGUACAAAAUAGUUACAUUGUAUAAUAACGCGCAAUUAAUUGAAUUGCAUGAUAAUACAUCUUGUUCCUUAUUAUACAUCCACAACGAUGAUGGGGGAUAUACUGAAUUCAUCUUGUUUAUCUAUCUGUCCUUCUGUCUGUCCGCAGAUAGAAACUUGUCCCCCUUAACUACUAAGCCGCGCUCAAUACAACAUUAUAUAUAUGAUCGGUACAACAUGUAACGGUGCACCUGAUUAAGAUUGUUCAGUCUCCUACGAUGAGUUGCCCGUUUUAGUCAUAUCAAGACUUGUCGGGACAUUUUCUCCAUAUCUAUCUGGUCGACUACUAUGAAACGUUUUUAGAGUGAUAUGUAGGGUUAAUUCAUCCUUUAAACAGUCCCCUUGAACAUCUCAUCAAGAUAUCUGCUAUAGCCUCUGAUUGGUUAUAAGACGAUUGCGGUUGCAAUUUGUGUUAUGGCCUCUGAUUGGUUAUAAGACGAUCGCGGUUGUAAUUUGUGUUAUGGCCUCUGAUAGGUUAUAAGACGAUCGCGGUUGUAAUUUGUGUUAUGGCCUCUGAUAGGUUAUAAGACGAUCGCGGUUGUAAUUUGUGUUAUGGCCUCUGAUAGGUUAUAAGACGAUCGCGGUUGUAAUUUGUGGUCUAUUUAGCCGAUUUUCGUCAUAAUUCAUGGAAGUGAUACAUAAAUUAUUUAUAGUUUAUGAUGGACAACUGACUUUCAAGUUUUAGGGUUCACGAUCACUGUCUUGGCCUUUAUUUAGAUUAUGCAGCCGUGUGGUCGCACAACGCACCUAAAUUACCGUGCGCACAUCGUGCAUAUAGUGCGAAAAACCGGGCUAUUCAACAAUCGACCGCCCUGAUGUACAAUAUUUUAUUUUAAAUGCCUUACGCCGAAGACAAUAAUAUUAAAAAUAAAUAAAGAAGUGUAUUGGCAAUCUGGAAAAAAUGAUUUGAUUUAAUCUAUCGCUGGCAGAUCUUUUUUAAUUUGACAUAGACUAUUUGCAAGGCUGUAUUGACUUUGACAACGUUUUGAUAACAGCAAAUGUUCAUAGUUUUACUGUGGUAAUCAUCCAGAAAAGGAUCGUAUAGUCGUAAUGUAGCAGAGUCAUAUUUUAUUGUAUUUUAUAUUGAUAUUAUGACGUACAUGUCCUGUGUUGUGAUCUUUACCUGUGAUGUAUACCUGUCUGUACCUGUAUAAUAUCCCAUAGAGUGGUUCUGUAAGGUCCAGUGUGUUAUAGUUUAUAUUCUUUUUUUCAAAGGUCAGAUAUUUUAUAUAGACUUCGGUUUUUAUUGGUCAGUUAUAUGUUUGUCACUUUUUGCGGGAUUUCUUUGUGUCGGUUUUGUGAAAGAUUUUGUGAAAGAGCUGACAUUUUGAUUUGGACACAGACACAUACAUCUUUUGACAAUCGAAAUAUUCAGUACAAAGUGAUAAGCGGUUUGAUGACAUCGGUUUCCCAAUUCCUGGCUCUGUGCCAUACACAGAGUAUGUAUCUAACAUUACACAUAUAGGAUGUUGAACCAUGUUAUGUCUGUGCUGUGGAAAUGAAAUAAAUA